ACAGAGGUAUCGAUACUGGAAGGAUCGUGGAAUACCUUACAUAGAGCCAAGUUUUCCAAAAGGAAAUCUAGGAAGUCUUAAGGAAUCUGAGCAUCUUUUCGAAUUACCGAAAAGAAUUUACUUAGAACUCAAAGGCAAGGGAAAGCCUUUGGGUGGACUCUUCGUAACAAUUAAGCCUGCAGCUAUUGUUUUAGAUUUGGAUAUUGUGAAAACAAUGUUAGUGAAGGACUUUCAACAUUUUCAAGAUCGUGGAUUUUAUAUCAACGAAAGGGAUGAUCCUAUUGGUGCAAACUUACUUACCAUUAAGGGUGAUUCUUGGAAAAGUCUGAGACUAAAGCUAUCACCAACUUUCACAAAUUCCAAAAUGAAGGUCAUGCUGCCUAUAAUGAUGAAAACAUCAGAGAAGUUCAUAGAGCGUUUAGAUGAAGAUAUUAAAAAGAAUAGUGACAUAGAACUUGGUGAUUAUUUAUCGUGCUUUGCAAUUGAUAUUAUAGGCAGUUGUGGUUUUGGAAUUGACUGCAAUAGCCUUAAUAAUCCAGAUACGGAUUUUCUUCGUAUGGGAAAAAAAGUUUUCAGUCAUACGAAAGGUCGUUUUUUAAAGAAGCUUUUUGUUACUUUAUUCCCAAAUUUAGCCUAUAAAUUGCACAUCAAAGAGACAUUAAGUGAAGUAAAUAAUUUCUAUACUAAACUCGUAACUGAAAUUGUGACCCAUAGAGAAAUAAAUAAUAUUCAACGUAAUGAUUUUCUGAAUAUGUUGAUACAACUGAAAAAUAAAAAAGAACUCAAUGAUGGGUCAGGAAAAAAUAUUGGAAGUCUCAGUCUCAAUGAAAUCAUCUCAAAUACGUAUUUAUUCCUACUGGCUGGAUACGAAACUACUGCAAUUACGUUGGAAUUCUGUUUCUUAGAACUAGCGCAUCAUCCAGAAAUUCAAAAUCGAUUACGUCACGAAAUUAAAACCGUAUUUGAAAAACACGAUAAUAAAGUCACAUACGAGGCUUUGUCUGAACUAAAAUAUUUGGAUAAAGUAGCUUAUGAAGCAAUGCGAAAACAUCCAGUUGUAGGAUUUUUUGCAAGAUUUAUCAAUGAGGAUCAACACAUAGAGAAUACAGAUAUAGUUUUAGAGAAGGGAACUCCUGUGAUCUUUUCGCCUUUGGGUAUUCAUCAUGAUCCUGAAAUUUAUCCAGAUCCUGAAAAAUUCGAUCCGGAACGUUUUAGCCCUGAGGCUAUUAAAGCUCGCCACCCAUGUGCCUUUCUUGGCUUCGGAGAAGGACCACGAAAUUGUGUUGGAUCGAGAUUUGCUAUGACAGAGAUAAGGAUAGCAAUAUCCUGCCUUUUAAUGAACUACCACUUCUCACCUUGUGAUAAAACCAAAUAUCCCAUUGAGUAUUCAAAUUCCAAUUCCCUUCUAUCACCUGCUGGUGGUUGUUGGUUAAAAGUGGAAAAAAUUAGUUAAUUAUGAAACAUGUUGUAAUAAAACCAAAACUAUCUGUAGAGUA